AUGGUGAAGUGCAGUGAAAGGGGCCAUGCACCAAAACAGUGUGAUGAUGUAUGUAAAAUGGUGAAGUGCAAUGAAAGGGGUCAUGCACCAAAACAGUGUGAGGAUGUAUGUAAAAUGAUGAAGUGCAGUGAAAGGGACCAUGCACCAAAACAGUGUGAUGAUGUAUGUAAAGUGAUGAAGUGCAUUGAAAGGGGCCAUGCACCAAAACAGUGUGAUGAUGUAUGUAAAAUGGUGAAGUGCAGUGGAAGGGGCCAUGCGCCAAGACAGUGUGAUGAUGUAUGUAAAAUGGUGAAGUGCAGAGAAAGGGGCCAUGCACCAAGACAGUGUGAUGAUGUAUGUAAAACAGUGAAGUGCAGUGGAAGGGGCCAUGCACCAAGACAGUGUGAUGAUGUAUGUAAAAUGGUGAAGUGCAGUGAAAGGGGCCCUGCACCAAAACAGUGUGAUGAUGUAUGUAAAAUGGUGAAGUGCAGUGAAAGGGGCCAUGCACCAAAGCAGUGUGAUGAUGUAUGUAAAAUGGUAAAGUGCAGUGAAAGGGGCCAUGCACCAAACAGUGUGACGAUGUAUGUAAAAUGGUGA